AUGGCAUGGCGUGCGUUACUCAGCUCACUGCUGUUAGCUAACGUUUUGCUACCGGUGGUCAGCCAGGGUGGGGGAGACACACCAGCGGAAGCUCUCCAGCUCAAGUCUGCCCUCACCCCCAGCCCCAUCCUCACCCCAAGCACUCUUGUCAUCCACCCAGCCGGACAUCAGCAUGCUCGUCGUCGACACCACCCUCACAGACGGAGGCACAGGUUCAGGGGCAGAGCACGUGGAAGAUACAGGCCACCUAACGGCUCCCACCCAGGCGCCCCGAGGGGUAAGCUGGAAGAGAACCACUUCCCAUCCCUACCUGGCUACCUGACAGAGGUAGAACUAGGGCCAGAGGAUGGGGGAAUGUGGGGAGGGCCAGACAUACAGCCUGAAGACAUGGGAGAGGAUACAGGUUCAGCGAUACCACCAAACCCGUCAGAUUUAGGUCACAUAGGUAAGAUAGAUGGUGAUAAGUUGACCAGGGGAGGUGGUCUCCCUCGUUCUUCAGCAUCUCAAGAACCUGUCCAUAGAACAGGCCCACGUCGUAAUAAGGACGGGGUUCUGUACCGAGACCAGGGGCACUGGCCCAGAACACGCGUAAACAAGCCAAGAAAAGCCAGUCCAGGUAGGCCUAAACUCACAAGUGAGAAAGCAGGCAAUCUUACAGGCGUGCCUUUGUAUGACCACCCAUUGUACGACCUGCUCCACAACAAAGAGUUUGUGGCAAAUGCUUCAGAGAGUCUGGCCAGCUUGAAGGAACUUCAGAAAAACAGGCUCAAUAAAAUAUAUGAUGUCUACAUGAAUAAUUCAAUGGAGUUACUUAUGUUGGAAACAAAGUUGCACCGCAUUGGAACAGAGAUGAUGCUCAACAAGGAUACCCAUGCCGAGCUGGAGGAAACUCUUGAGCGGUAUCGCUACCUGAUGAACUCCAUGAGGAUUGACGCCUCUAAGGAAAUUCAAAGCUGUCUCAAGGACAUUCACUUUCAGAGCGACCAGGUAAUGGAGGACAUACAGAAAGACGUGAACAAGACGUCCGAGUUCAAACAUUUCGUAGCCGAUCAACUUGAGGAAGUAUGCGAGUACCUGAAGACAGAUGAGAAGAUGACAAUUCACGAUUUACAAGAGGGUCUUGUCCAGAAGGACGAAGAAAUCGCCCGGCUGCAGCAGCAGAUCUACGACCUAAAGAAGGAAAACAGCCACCUGCGUGUGGAGUCUGAAGGAUUCCACACCUUAACCAAGGCACUGUCCUCACUCCAGCAUGACUCUGAGAGAACCCAGGAGACCCUGCAGAUCAUGGAGAAACAGCUGUCCUCUGUGAAGAAAGUUGUGUCCACCAUAGGAUACCCUUACCAACAGGUUACAUUUGAGUGGAAACUCUACCCCUUUGACUAUGACACCACGUGGAACGGGUGUCGCGGGCCCCAGUAUGUCCAGCUUUCAGGAUAUGAUUUUGGGCAUGGGAAAUAUGUGGGAGUUGUACUGUGUUCUCCCUCAAAGUAUAAAAUUUUUCUAAGUGACGAUCUCCAGAAAAAGUUUUUAAAUAUAGGAGAUCGAACUGGCAAUGGCGAGGACCAUUGUGAGUUUGUGAGAAGUUACAGAAAGGCUCGGUUUGUGAGCGACCAUGUUGGUCCAACCACUGAAAUCGAUGGUUUUGGACGAGCUCAAUGGGGUGUUCGGCCCUACAGGCGGAAAAUUGGUCUCAGCCAUGGUUACCGGUCUCCAAAAUGGUACGACUGUGGAAUAGCUAUUCCGUAGAGAUGGAUUACCAUUACGCUGUGAUGAUAAGGUGACCAAUCACUGAUGAGUUAGCUCCUGUCAUCAUUAUCCACACAAUGUGACCCAUGGAGCAGGAAGGGCAUCCAGCCUCAGGUCACAGCCAGGACACGAUGAAGGAAUAAAGCAUCCCUCACACCAUCUACCAGUGUUUCACAUUACCCUCAACUUUCCCCAGCACUUGUUAAGUACUCCUCCAUUACCAGCUCCAGAUCCAACUGCUCCAGACGUGUCAAUCAGCAUAAAAAUCUGU